CUUAAGAUCAAUUCUUUAAUAUGGGAAUGUAAAGUAAUGGCUUAAUUUCCUGAAAAACAAAGCCCAAGAAAAGCGGAUCUCUGUGAUAGUAUAAAAGUAGUAAUAGAUAAUAAGAUACAGUAUGACUGAAUUAAUCCUUUUUAUUGAUAAAGAGUGGCCCUUAUUUAUACUAUUCAAGUUUACUGUGGAAUUAUAGCUGACGUGGGUCUAACAGUUGUUCUGGGGUGAGGUAGCUUAAUUAAGGGUUUCCUGGUUUUACUACUGUGACAUCUGAAUCAAGAAAUGAUGUUAUGUACUAGUAAGUGUUAUUGUAAGGGUAAUUUCCUUAGUUUCAAUAAGCAUAAGUUAUGCUUGGAUACGGCAAUCUCUUACUCUGUUUUUCGUAUCAGCCAACACUGUCUCAGCAAUACUUUCUACAUGAUCAAAGCAAUAGGUCUCACCAUGCUUACAUCUCCAGAUCUAUAGAAAGAGCUCUUGAUAUAAUUUCUACAUUGAUCAAGUCCAAGAUAGAAGCUGGGAUUAAUGCAAGCAAUGUAGUUGAACCUCUUGCCUUGCAACAAAAAUUAGAUCUUGUUCGACCAAGACCUUACGGGGCUGAAAGCUUUUGGAAUUGCUCUUCGGAUGCAUUAUAUUCUUGUCUGCAACAAUUCUACUGCCAUACUCUAAAUGGUGAAGAGUCCCGCCCUCCAGUUGACAUAAACAUUGACAUUGCUGCCCGCGUUUGGAUCAACAGCACUGUCUAUAGCUCUCUCUUCUAUCGCAAUUAUCGUCAAGAAUUUAGACGUAGCAAUCACAUCGUCAAAUUCUAUGGUUAUAACAACAAGAAAUUCAUUGGCUUUAUACAGUUCUUGUUUAGACAUAUUCACAAUGGUGUCGAGCGAUUCUUGUUUUUAUUGAAAUGA